AUGAGCUCUGGGGGACGUACCUCAGCAAACUCACUUUCCCUCCGGGGUACAACCAGUAAACGCCGCCGUAACUUCUCUGGUUUACCUGGAGCUCGAGACGUAACCACUAGUCCAGCUUUGACCAACAAUCCCAACAACACAAUCGUAGAAUCCGAGAUCCCCACUAGUCUGGAUUCAGGUGGCCUGCAUCCUACUGUGGAGAAUGCCACCAAAGCAGCAGCAGUGACCGAAGGCCCGGUCCAGGAAGCUGUGCAUGUCAGUGGUUCAGUGGAGGAUGUUGACGAAACAGCAGGAAUGACUGAGGAGAUUCCUGUCCAGGAACCUGCAGAAGAUUUCCAAGCGGCACCCUUUUCAAGAUUUGAUCCGCUCUCCCUCAUCCGUUGCAUGCUAAUCCUCUGCGCAUGGCUUCAUUGUCAACAUCACGUCUCCUUUCAAGCUAUCUGGGUCCUCUUGUGGGCAAUUGGCUUCGUUUUCUCAGUCCUCCCCGGAAACAUUCUUGGUGACGCAGUGCUUCCAAAGACGUUGAAGACAGUGUUUGCACGUCUUGAUAUCCUUGAUCGGUUCAAAAUCUAUCCCAUCUGUCCAUUCUGUCAUUCCAUCUUCCCAGCUGUUUCUCCGACUGACUCUAAAUGCCCAAACUGUGAUGCCCCAAUCUAUCGAUCUCGUCCUAAGGCUUUACUCGACCGCCUCCAAACUGUUGUGACAGAUGAUCCUGAUGAUAAUGGGGAUCCUACUACCCAUCCAACCAGCCCGAGCUCACAUGCCCAUGUUGUUGCUCCAAUACUCCUUCUCUCGGGUGCACUGGAGAAAUUUUUCGAGCGACCUGGAAUGGUGGAUGCAGUCAGGGAGUGGAAGACAAAGCCGCGCUCGGAUGAGAAGCUCGAGUCGAUUCAGGAUGGUGAAGUUUGGAAAAAUCUGAAGGCUGCAGAUGGAUCUCGCUUUUUCUACGACGAGGAAGAAAAUGAACUACGCAUUGGGGUCUCAUUAGGUAUUGACUGGUUUGGCCGCAAAUCCAGCAACUACGGUCCAAGCCAUUCUUCCGGUGUUGUCAGUUUCUGUAUUCAGAAUCUCAACUCGGAACUGAGAUAUCGUCCUGAGAACUUGAUUGUGACAGGGAUGCUGCCUGGUCCCACUGAACCAACAUCGGCUCAACUUCAGAACUAUUCAAAGAUCAUUGUUGAUGAUCUGAUCAAGCUCUAUGAAGAUGGAAUCACUGUCACCGUCUUGGGAUUUCCAAAUGGGUUUCGUGUUCGGGUUGCACUGAUAUCCAUUAUUGCUGAUCACCCGGCAAUGUGCAAAAUUUGUGGUUUUGCCGAUCAUGGUCACAAGAUUGUACCCUGUCCCAAAUGUAAAGUUCCGAAAGCCGACAUGUUCACUGGCAAGUCAUUGAAGAAUGGCUUUCAGAAGAGAACAAGCAAGGAGCACCGGAAACUUGCCCUGCAGUAUCGAGACUUGAUAACUGACGAAGAGAGAGACACUUUCUUUGCAGAACACGGUGUCACUAAAACGCAAUGGUAUACAAUGUGGAUCAAGGAGAAGAUUCUUCGUCCAGAUACUAAUAAACAACAACGUGAACUCAGUUUCAUUCACGAGAUCCUGGAAACGUUUGAAUGUCCUGCUUGGACAGGACACCUGCCUUUGCGUGUUGGGGAGCCUGCAGGUGGUUCGCUCACUGCCGAUGAAUAUAAAUUUGCGGCCACUGCACCCUGGGCAAUCAUAAUACCCAUGGUAUGGGACCGUUUUCGCUCAGAUGCGGAGAAGGAUCACAAGAAGGCAUUGGAUAAAUACGAAGAGAAAAUGGAAGAGUACAGGGCAAAAUACCGUUUGUGGCAAAGGCAAAACCGAGCAACUCGAGGUGAUCCACCAGAGGAACCUGAGUAUCCUGUUCUACGGAUGCAGCUGGGCGAGGAGGACAAUUUUUUGUGUUUUGCCACAGCACUCAAGAUCAUGAUUGGAAGUUCGAUAUACAGAGAGAUGAUUCCAAGGGCAAAAUCACUUUUGGAAGAAUAUCUUCUUGGAUUCCUGCAGCUCUAUGGCUCUCAGUGCAUGAAACCAAACCAUCAUUGGGCGGUUCAUGUUUUUGAUCAAAUCCGGGACUUUGGCCCAUUCUAUUCCUUCUGGGCGUUCUUGACAGAGAGGCUUAACAAAACACUCAAGAAUCUCAACAGCAACAACUGGACUGGUGGUCGUCUCGAGGUCUCAAUGAUGCGCGAGUUCCAACGAGGUGUUCAACUUGAAACAGCUGUAACUGCCAUCUCUUAUCACGACUGGAAAACUAAUUAA